AUGGUGGCCUUUGUUUCUUCCUUUGUCACCACCACGACAGCGUCGGGGUUUCUCUGCCAUCAAGGUCAACAGCAAUGUGUAUCGAUUGGGCCGAGGACCAAAAAAGAGUUUAGUUUUGCCAUUCAGUCGACGGCACCCGACGACGACAAUGUUUCACAGGGCGAGUCUCCAGAGCCACAAAAGCCAAAGUCUCGAUUGGCGCAAUUGGCAGAAGAUUGGUUAGAAGAGGAGCAAGACGAUGAACUGCAACUGUACUGGGAGCGCUUUGAAUCCAACAAGGCAAACCCAAGCUCAUUGGUAUGCAAGCAACCAAGUGCUGACAGCGACAGCGAUAAUAACGACGAAGAACAACUUCUCACCACAGAACAACGCCUGGAACGGUACUUUGGUCGAAAGGGAAUCCACAAAUCGAACGAACGCAAAUACGCUCCUCUGAUGGAAAAGGUCAUUGCCAAGGCUCAGGCAGCCACAACCCCCGAAGAAGCAAUGUUGGCGUUGGAACCGGUACAACCCUACCUACAACCACGGACGCGGCUGGGAGGAACGGCCUUGUACGAACUGCUGGUGGCUAUUUGGCAGCGUGACGGUAUUUUGAACGAAGACUUGCUGCAAGAACUGAGACAGAAUCCUCACAUCAAACGAAAAGUUCAACAACUGAUCAAAAUGGAAUCGCCGCCAUCCAGGAAUCCUUCCUUUUGGCAGGGAUUUUUGGAUUCAACCAGCAACAACUCUUGGUGGAAUUAG